AUGGAGGACGCCAGCUUCCAGCUAAACCUCAGCUUUGAGGAUGGCCCUCACCAGCGCAAGCUUGGCUGGAAGGAGCGCAAAUCACUGCAGGCUGCGCGGCGCAAGGCUGGGAAGGGCGGCCGCGCACAGCAGGCCGGGCCGGGCGCGCCCCAGCGUUUCGGCCGGCCUACAGGUCUAGAGGCGACCCCCGGCGCUGAGCGCCAGCCGCCGCAGCAGCCGCGGCCCGCGGCGCAGCGCGCGCUAGCGCCUGCACAGGCCGCGGCCCCGAGGCCGGCGGCAGCAAACGGCGCGCCGCCACGGGCCCCUCACCAGCGCGCGCAGCAGCAGCAGAAACACCAAAAGCCGCGCGCUGAAAAGCGCCCGCGGCGCGAGGGCAGCCCGGACGUCUGGGCGCGCAGCGCUGACGAGGACGGCGACCUGUCAGAUCUUGUCGCGCUGGCGAUGGCCAAAGAGAGGGAGCUGCAGGCCGCCCUGGGCAGCCAGGGCCCGGCCAACGGUGGCGGCGGCGGCGACAGUGACGAGGACGGCGGCGGCGGUGGCGGCGUGGUCGAGUUUGGGGACGCCGAGGAUGAGCCAGACUGGGAGUUUGUGGCGCGGACGCAGCGGCACCAGAAGGAGCGGCCGCCGGCCAGUGGCGCCGGCGGCGGUGGUGGCGACGGGCAGCAGCAGAGGCAGGGCGGAAGGCAGCGCGGGGGCAACCAGCAGCAGGCGCAGCAGCAGCAGGCGGCCAAGCGGCCGCCGGCUGUAACGCACAAGGUCGGCGAGAUGGCGCGCGCGGGCGCCCCGGUGCCAGAGGCGCAGCGGUCUGUCAUUUUCGGCGACGCCGGCGACGCGGAUGCGGCCCCCGCGGACUGGGCCGGACUGGGGCUGUGCCAGGUGCUGGCAGACCACCUGGCGGCGCUGAACUUCACGGCGCCGACGCUGGUGCAGCGCGGGGCGCUGCCGGCGCUGCUGGCGGGGCGGGACGCGAUGGUGCGGGCGCCGACAGGCAGCGGGAAGACGCUCGCUUACCUGGCGCCCAUGGUGCAACAGCUGCAGGCGGCGUCGCCGCGUAUAGCGAGGUCCGAGGGCACCUACGGCCUGGUGCUCAGCCCAACGCGCGAGCUGGCGGUGCAGAUAUCAGACGUGCUGGUCGCCCUCUGCAGGCGCUUCAACUGGCUGGUGCCUGGCGUCCUCAUUGGCGGGGAGCACCGCGGCCACGAGAAGGCGCGGCUACGCAAGGGCGUGACCGUGCUGGUGGCCACCCCAGGGCGGCUGCUGGACCACCUGCAGAACACGACCUCGUUCCGAACCGACGCGCUGAGCUGGCUCGUGCUGGACGAGGCGGACCGCCUGAUGGAUCUGGGGUUUGAGUCCAAGGUCAAGGAGAUCGUCACAACCUUGGACGCGCGCAACGCGAGCCUCGAGGACCACGACGGCGGCCGCGGCUCCGGCAGCAGCCCCGCGGCGGCCGGCUACGGCCAGCAGCGGCGGCAGACCGUGCUGCUGUCUGCGACGCUGCCGCCCGCGCUCGGCGCGUUCGCAAGGCAGCUGAUGCGGCCGGGCGCCGCGGCCGUCGGGUUCAGUGCGGCGGCGCUCAACGACCCCGACGCGGCGGCGCAGCUUGAGCAAGACACGCUGGAGGGUGGCGACGCAGGAGCAGAGGAGGGCGCCGGCGCUGGCGGCGGUGGCGGCCUGCCCCAGAAGGCCGCGGCGACGGCAUCGGCUGGGCCCGAGAAGUUCGAGAUCCCCUCUCAGCUGCGCCAGGCGUUUGUGGAGGUGCCCGCCAAGCUGCGGCUCGCGGCACUGGUCGCGGCGCUGCGCGCGCGGCUGUCGCCACGGCGCGGCGGCGGUGGUGCGGCGGCAGUCGCCAAGAUUGUGGUGUUCUUCUCGAAUUGCGCCAGCGUCGAGUUUCACCACGCUUUGCUGACGCGCUGCAGCGGCGGCAACGGUGGCGGCGGCGGCGGAGGGGAGGACAGCGAUGAAGACGAUGGCGGCGGCGGCGUGGGCGGGCUGCUGCCUGUGGCUCCCCUGAAGCUGCACGGCGACCUGCCCCAAGCGGAGCGCACCAGCAACAUGCUGCGGUUCGCCAAGGUGAGCGUGUGUGUAUGUGUGGGGCAGAGAGGGGUAAGGGGCGCCUUCUGA